CGGCUUCACAGGAGUCCGGUAGAAUUACGACACACAAGAUGGAGGACGUCCAUGCCAACAACGUACACGUGGCCUGGCAGAUCCCUCAGUACGUCCUCAUCACGGCAGGCGAAGUCAUGUUCUCCAUCACGGGCCUGGAGUUCUCCUACUCGCAGGCCCCCGCCAACAUGAAGUCGGUCCUGCAGGCCGGGUGGCUGCUCACCGUCGCCUUUGGGAACGUCAUCGUCUUGAUCAUAGCGGAGGGCGCAGGGCUUGAGCAGGUAGUCUUGACUUUUAAGAACAUUUAUGCCAAUUUUCGUUAGCACAUCUAUGGCUUUUUGCGCUAUAUGUUAGUAGCAAGCUAGUGUACAUAUUUUUUGACGAGGUGGUCUGGUUUGAUGGCACAUUUUGGCGUUUGUCCUUUAAUGUGUGUCAGUUUUAUAGUAAAUGUAAAGUGAACAUAAACGGUGAGUGACCAAAAACAAACAAAAAAAUAAAUGGCAUGAAGCAAGCACGCUGUGCCUUUUCUUUGGAGGACUGCGAAUAAGUGAAUCGUCUUUUGGCUCAGUGUAACUUCAGUCAUGUAAUAUGACAACGGCUUCCUAAAUAGGACUUUAUUCUCAAAAUACUCUUGACUAUAUUUACAUUUACAUUUAAGA